CUAAUCAACUUUGAUAUAGAUGAUAAAAAGAUCCCCUGGUACAUUUGGCGCGCGACACUGGUCCUAUUAUGGCCGUCUCUUUCUUAGACAUUUCAAUGAAUUAGACCAUGAAUUUCAAAUACGAUUGAACAAAGCUUACGAGCCUGCGAAUCAGUACACGAAUAUUUUUACUUCACCUUUUCUUGCCAUUAUAUCAAAGAAUAUAGCCUUUGUUGCGGGCUCAUUUUUUGCCGUAUUAACUUGUCUAUCAAUUUACGAUCAAGAUGUCUUCAGAGCUGAACACAUGUUAACUACAAUAGCUAGUCUAGGUCUUCUAAUAAGAAUUUGUUAUGCAUUUAUACCAGACGAGAACUUGAUUUGGUGUCCUGAACAACUGUUGAGACAAGUUUUAGUUCAUAUUCAUUAUAUUCCUGAUGAAUGGAAGACGAAAGCUCACACAAACGAAGUUUUUCAAGAAUUUCAACAGUUGUUUGAGUACAAAGCUGUUUUCGUUAUUCAAGAACUUGUGAGCGCCCUGGUGACACCAUUCUUGCUGUGUUUUAGUAUAAGAUACAAAGCUCUCGAUAUUGUUGAUUUUUUUCGGAAUUUUACUGUGGAGGUUGUUGGCGUAGGAGAUGUUUGUUCAUUUGCUCAGAUGGAUGUACGAAAACAUGGAAAUCCAGAAUGGAUGUCCCAUGGUUUGACAGCUGCCAGUCAAUAUGAGCAAGCAGAAAAUGGCAAAACAGAACUAUCCUUACUUCAAUUCUCGAUAAAAAACCCUCAAUGGAAACCUCCACAAUCACAAAUUCAGUUCAUGAGCACAAUCAAAGAAAAUGCUGCCAAAGAUUCGUAUCCAAGCUUACAAACAAGUCUUUCUGGACGAAACAACGAAAGCAUGCAGACAUCUCGAAUCCAAUCUACAGGUCUGCCAUCCUUGGCACCAGUGGCUUCAUUACCACAUGUUUCACAGUCAUUCAUGUCUACCAGUCACGGUAGUGUGGAUCACACCGGGGUUCAGGAAAGAUUAAGACUGGAAGAAGAAAUGAAUUCAAGUAUGCUCUAUAUGCAUCAGCUUCAUGAUCGAGGUGAUAAUUCCGAGUCUUCUCAGCAAGCUACUGCAGCCAGUGUUGUUAUUCAGACUACGAACCAAAGUUCAUUUGGUGAAGGGUCAACGUCUGAGGAGAAUCAGCCGAGCAGCCCACAAGACCACCAAGUGUGAACAAUAUAGGAAUACUGGAUUAUACAAACCUGGAAAAUAACCAGAAUUAUAACUGUAGGGAUCUUUUACAUUAUUUAAAAUAAUAAUCUAACAAACAAUUGACUGUAUGAUGAUGUUAGGCCACUUUGUAAAUACUGUUGAUUUCA